CGGGCAUCCAAAAAUUCUCAACGUGCUGAGACGAUCAGGAUGAAUUCACAAUGACGUCUGGAUUUUUUGCGUCAACUCGAAGAUCUGGUCGCAUUAAAAAUGCAAUAUAUAAAGCCUUACAAUUUCUCUGAUUAUUUAUUCAUCAGGUUAUCUACUAUCAAAAAAUGUCAUUCAUCACUCGCAUCCAAGCCAGCUCUACUCUUUACAAGGGACUUGCCCAACAACAGGCUCGUUGUUUCACAGUCUACGCUGCUCAGUCUGCUGUCGAUAAGACAAAGGAAGUUGCUCAAGACGUCAAUAUGAAGGCUGGCAAGGGAGCCGACAAGGUCUUGGAAACAGCUGAACAAGGAGUCAAUGAGGCCAACCGUGUCAAGGAUACAUACCAAGAGAAGGGUAUCAAGGGCGCCGCCGAAAGGGCCAGCCAUGAUGCUAACCUUGCCGCCGGACAAGGUAUUGCUAAGGGCAUUGAAGCCGUUGAAACUGUUGUUCAGAAGACCAAGGAAGCCGUUGGCCUUGGAAAGAAGAAGGCAGAUGAAGUUGCAUCCGAUGUCUCAAGGGAAGCCAGCCAUGUAUCAGAGAAGACCAAGGGAAAGGCUGAAGAAGUUGCCGGCAAGGCCCGCCAGACUGCCAGCGAUGUCUCCAACAAGCUUUAAAGGAAGAAAAGUCUGAUCUGCUGUAUAUAAGUUUUAUCGUCCUCACACCACUUCACUCUUGCACAUAGCUAUGUAAAAAAAAAAAGUAAUGGGAUUUGAAUAAAAUUGAAAAUCUUUUUAUUUUGCCAUUGAAAAUGAAAAAAUCUCGCUCGGCU